UCAUCCAACCACCGACCCAACCUACUACGAAAACAAAAACAGAAAAAUGAAAAUGUCAAUGACCGAAACUUGCAGAGCCGUCUGCCUGGUGCUGCUAGUAGCAGCGUCCACACUUCUGCAAAGAGCCGAAUCCAAGAAGAGACACCCUCUGAACUUCCCAAAGGGCUGCACGUGCCAGUACACUCGGAUACGGCACUUACAGUCCUGCACAGAAUUCGACGAGCACUAUCCAAGAUUUGAAGACAUGAACUUCGACGCUGGAAGCUGCAUGCCUCAGAUCCCAGCCAAUCAGAGAGUUUGCUACAGAACAAAAGUGAGGGACUGCAGACACGGAGGGCCUUACUACGGCUGUCAACUCUUCCCCAUAAACGACUAUUUCAAGCUCGGAAACCUGCCAACCACGGGAGGAAACCGGAGCUCAGUGUUCAUAGACUCACUCAACAACACUGAAUCUAAUAGUCUGUGUUUCUACAACGUCUCGGUGACUGAGAACAGCUCUGGGAACUGCUCGGGGAUGUCACUGGUUCAUGCCAGUGACCAUCCAGAGAGCUCACACGUCGAUCGAUUGGAAGACGCCAAUUCAAGUGGUAAUUCGACAAGAAGUCCACCGUGUGGAAGCUACGUGAGAGUGUCAUACACUCGAGGAGGCAGACAGCAGUACCGCACACUCUGCAGGGAAGAACUGGCACAUCUGAAUCUAACACUACCAGAUGUGACUUCAGUACUCAUUGUGUACUGGACAAACAAUAGGAAAAGAUCCGUAUUGUGUGAGGGACACGCUGGGUCAACUGUCUGUCGGCACGUAUGUCAGUUGGAGCACAGGGCACUGGUGAGUAUGGAUGGAGAAGAGGGUAAAUCCUUCCUCCAGGGGUUCGUUACCGCCGACAUGGAGAGAGGCGGCGAUGAAGCGUUUUACUCCAUGAUGCUCAAUGCACAGGUAAAAUUUGCACCUGUGGACGAUCACAGAGUGUGGGCGUUGUUUCCCGGGCAACCCAGCACACCCCCAGCUGUAACCACAGAGCGGAAAUUCAUUCUGUCCCAUGACCCGAGAUCUAGGUAUUUUGGAACACGAGUGAUUUUACCUUCUCAAAUGUCACCCUCACAUCUUUGGCCAAAUAUGGAAGUCGUAGACAUGGGAGUAUACCAUAGACACAGAAUGGUCUCAGGGAUUCCGGAAGGUUCUGAUGACAUCAUAAGUGGGCGGAGUCUACCUCUGGAAUGCAAUCUCGAUUACAUGAAUGGAGGUGUUCUAAGCCCAGGCACCCCAGUUCAGUCAGGGGCAGACGUUACAAGCAGCAGUGGUGGUGACGGCAAGAGUGCCGGGAGAAUUCUCUCGAGUCACGGUUGCCAUGGUUUGGCACUCCUGAAACUCAGUGCAGCGAGUAAGGGGGAGUUGUAUGCGAGAGAUGAGGAUGGGAAGCAAGUCACAGUGACUGCACACAUACCUGAAUACUGGCCGAACCACACCCACUCCUCCUCUUCCAGUAGCAACCAGGAGUCAUGAAUGACCUUUUUCUUUUGUGCUGGUUGUGUUUCACCUUCUCUGGGCAGUGGGCACACGCCGUCGAAACGCUCCCCCCUCGCCUCUUAUGUACUUAACAAUUUUACGCGCAAUUUUAAAAUUUCGUUCGCCGCGCGCAUA